CCGGAAGUCCCGGGUCAAAGCCUGAGCUGGGCCGGGUGAAGUAAACAGAAGCGGGGCGGAGAAAGCCAAAAAGGCACCGUCGCAACGUAAAAAGGGCCGCCGCUUUCUCCGACCAGCUGCUUCCUCCUCGCCGCCAUGGGGAAAUCCUUCGCUAACUUCAUGUGCAAGAAGGACUUCCAUCCCGCCUCCAAGUCCAAUAUUAAAAAGGUAUGGAUGGCAGAACAGAAAAUAUCUUAUGACAGAAAGAAACAAGAAGAAUUAAUGCAGCAAUAUCUUAAAGAGCAAGAAUCUUAUGAUAACAGAUUGCUUAUGGGAGAUGAACGUGUCAAGAAUGGUCUAAAUUUUAUGUAUGAAGCGCCACCUGGAGCAAAGAAAGAAACCAAAGAGCAGGAGGGAGAAACUGAUUACAAAUUUGAAUGGCAGAAGGUAGCUCCACGUGAAAAAUAUGCUAAAGAUGACAUGAACAUUAGAGACCAGCCGUUUGGCAUCCAGGUGAGGAAUGUGAGAUGCAUUAAAUGUCACAAGUGGGGCCACGUUAACACAGACCGGGAAUGUCCUUUAUUUGGCCUUUCUGGAAUUAAUGCAAGCUCCGUUUCCAAUGAUGGCUCAGGGCCAUCGAUGCACCCCUCAGAGCUAAUAGCGGAGAUGAGAAACAGUGGGUUUGCGCUGAAACAAAAUGUACUGGGGAGAAACUUGACCGCAAAUGAUCCAUCCCAGGAAUAUGUUGCAAGCGAGGCAGAAGACGACCCAGAAGUAGAAUUUCUGAAAUCCUUGACAACGAAGCAAAAACAAAAACUUUUGAGAAAACUAGAUCGCCUAGAGAAGAGGAAGAAGAAGAAGAAAGACAAAAAGAAGAAAAAGCAGCAGAAGGGAAAAAGCAAAAGUAAACACAGAAAACAUAAGAGCCGGGCCUCUUCCGCAUCCUCCAGCGAGUCUUCAGCAAGCAGCAGCGACAGUGAUUCCAACAGCAAAGACACAAAAGCCCCUUGCAGAAAAAUAGAUUCUCGGGAAAAAAGGAGAAGCCGGUUUUCAGAGACGGACAGCAGUGAUUCUGAUGAUGAUAAGGGGAAGAAGGAAAAACUCUACAAAGGUUCCUCCAGCAGCCGUGAUAACAAGGACAAAGAUAGAGAGAAGUCUCGGCUUUUAAAGGAAGAUCCUCCUUGGGAGAACAACAAAUGGGGCUCCGGUGAGAGCAGAAGGAACCCCACAGGCAAAAAGGAAAACUCAGAGGGGAGAAAAGAACCGGAGCAACACGGACACGCAAGCAGGAGCCACAGCAAGGGGGAGAGGAGCAGGCAGAGCUCUGAUUCAAGACAGCGGGCUUACUACAGUCGGAGUGAGGAAGGAGACAAGAGUAAAGAAGCAAAAAGCCACCGUUCAGAGGUAAGCAGAGAGCAAAGGAAGCGUAAAAAGAGCCACCCUGAUGAAUACAGCCAGAGGGAGCACCGAGAAAGAAGCAAAGAGAGGAGAAAAUAGAGAAAGUGGGUGGCGCAUUCUUUCUUUCUUUCUUUCUUUCUUUCUUUCUUUCUUUCCUUCCAUCCUUCCUUCUCUCCCUCCCUCCCUCUUUCUUUCUUUCUGUCUUUCUUUCUUUCUUUCUUCACCUCUUAGGAAGGGCUCCAGUUGUGCUCUUCUAGGUCCUAUAAGCUCUCAGAAAAAUCUCAGCCUCACACUUCAAACAUUCUUGUAUACUUACCUUGUAUCUAUCAUGUAACAAACAAAUAAACACAAACCAGUUUUUUUCCA